AUCUCGCCCCGAUCGCGUCUGCGCAUGCUGCAUAUGUAAAAGCUAGCGUGCAUUGGUCGAGCGCCGCGGUGAAACGGUCAAGGACGUCUCCCCAGACGUCACCCGGGUGCUCAAGCGUCUGAAGCGCCCGUUCCCGACGAGCGACUUCAUGGCAACUGUUGCACAGCAACACCACGUACCGACCCUUCCAUCCCGCUCCAACUCCGGCCGUGGCAUGGAAGCGAGCCGCAGUGCAUCCACGUCCACGUCCGCAUCCAUGGCUCCGGCGCAACAUGCCCCCGCGCCUGCGAAGAAGGCCAAGGGCAAGAAGUCCACAGAUCCUUCAGAGCAGGCGAAACAGAUUCAGGCCAAGAUUGCGCAGUUGGAACUGGACGCAGCUGGAGAUCAGGAACAGGAACGCGAGAUCGAGCGCGAAGUGAAGAAAGCCAAUCGAGACUUGUCGUCCCUUCUUUCCAACAUGGAGACUCCCAUGUCGCGCCUCGAGGUUGUCCAAAAGAAAUACACCGAGCUUCUUCAGGACAUGAAGCGCACCGAGCGCGAACACCAGAAGGCGAAGAAACGGGGAGACCAACUCCAGAAAGAGAAAGACUCCCAGAGGACCGAGCUGAAUAGGGUCACAGCGAUGAAGGACAAACUUGAGAAGAUAUCUAGGGACUUCACCAAGGAGAACAAGAGGUUGAAGGAUGAACUUCAUAAACUCGAGACUACCGAAUCAAGGGCCCGAGAAGAACUCCAUGAUCGUCUGGAGAAGAUGGUCGCUGAUGUGGAAGACUGCAUCGACGCGCAGAAUCAGCCCGAACAGCAGCCCCCCAUUGAUAUGGAGCUAGACGAGCUGUUCCGGCAAAAGUUCAAGUCCUUUAUCGAACAAUAUGAGCUGCGCGAACUGCAAUUCCACUCUCUCCUCCGGACCAAGGAACUCGAAAUACAGUAUCAAAUGGCCCGGCUAGAGCAACAGCGCAAACAACAGGAGGCGGAAUCUUCCAAGUCGCAUCAAUUGACGAGACAAGUCUCAACCUUCUCCCAGACCGAAACAGAGCUGCGUACGCAAUUGAACAUCUACGUUGAGAAGUUCAAACAGAUGCAGGUGGAAGAGACACUCAAUAAUUCUAACGACCUGUUUCUGACCUUCCGCAAGGAGAUGGAGGAGAUGUCGAAGAAGACUAAGCGCCUUGAAAAGGAGAAUCAAAACCUCACCCGGAAUAAGGAAGUCACGAACCGAAACAUUGGUGAAAUGGUCGAGGAACGCACGAGAAUGCAAGACUUGAUUGCCCGAAAAGACAAGGAAUUGGAAGAUCAACGUAAGAAGAUUGCGAGGCUGGAGACACUUUGUCGUGGGAUGCAGGCUCAGGGUCGUGGUCAGGUACCAAUGAACGAUCUAGAGGAGGAUGAAGAGGUUACUGAAAGCGAAUACGACUACGAGGACGAAGAUGAAGAAGGUAGUGGGGACUACGAUGACGAUACCGAGGAGGAUGCGAUGGAGCCUGUCCUAGAACGCCGUCCGUUUGGCCCCGUUCCGCCACCACCCCCUCCACCUCAGAGUCUUGCGAAUGGGAAAGUGAAUGGGCAUGGUCACCGACAAGUCAAUGGUCAGCUCAAUGGAGUCAAACGCUAAUGGGCAUGUUGCAUCCUAGGUCCGACCCUAUCACCUCUCCUGACGGGUCCAUGUUGUUCUCCACCUCUACAGUGUCAGCCGACAUCUCGUCGGCCCCCACUUCCACCUCUCGCAUUCGUUGUGGUGAAGUGUGUAGCAGCAGUGGUACGUGAUCGGCAUGUUGAAGACCUGGAGAGAUUGAGGGAUGGGGACUAUGUAGGUGUGGCUCAUGGCUCUACUUCUGGGGUGAAUAAGCUUGCUACGGGGUACAGCCCAGCUAGCAGAACCACUCCAUUCAAGUCCAUGUAUAUUACUUCUUGCAUCACAACAGCUUGUGGUUCUUCAUCCCUCUGGGUCUGUUUGAGAGCGUGAGUCAUGUGACAGCAGCCUGCCGAGCGAGUC